UUAGUAGUCUUGGUGUGUUACUUUUAAUAGAAGUCUAACAGAAAGACAAUUGUUUUCGGCGUGGAACGCGUACGAAUAACAAUUCUUUGUUCUUUUAAGCUAUGCAAGUAGAACUUCAUUAAAAUACAAGAAUAAUAUUCUUGUUGAACUUUUAACUAAAUUAUGGGAAUUUUACAUUUAAAUAAAGUUCAAGUAAAUCCGUACUUUAAAAAAUUCCAUAUACGUAAAACUAUAUGAAGAGAUAAAGCUUGUAAUUUUUUAGGCCCUUACCUUAAUAAAAUCACAAUAUUGAGUACUAGAUCAUAUCUCUAGCUAUAUACCACGAUCGAUGGCGAUGGCGACAUCAGUAGUUUUUCCCCUCCUUUGUUACAUCUUCAUUAUUCUCGUCGCUCAACAAGCCACAGCUCAGAGCCCCGCUUGUGUUGAUGACAAAGGUAACUACACCCUUAACAGUACCUACCAUGACAACCUCAAUUACCUCCUCUCAACUCUUCCAAGCUCCCAAAACGACAACGGCUUUGGCUUUUACAAUCUCUCUUACGGCAACUCACCCAAUCAAGUUUACGCAAUUGGACUAUGCCGCGGAGAUAUCAUGCCCAACGUAUGCCAGAGCUGUCUUAAUGAGUCCACACAUCUUCUCCAAGAGCGCUGCCCCAAUCAGAAGGAGGCAGUCGCAUGGUACGACAAUUGUAUGUUGCGCUACUCUGAUCGCUCCUACUUUGGAGUCAUGGAAACUAAUCCACCACUUAUUCUCUCUAACACCCAAAACGUGUCAUCCGAUUCCGGUACUGUGGAGGCAUAUUUCCAAGCUCUUAGGAGCUUGUAUGAUAAUUUGAAAAGCCGAGCUAUGACUGGUGGUUCUCUUCGAAAAUUUUCUGUAGAUAAUGUAACAGCUCCAGGGUUUAAAACCAUAUAUGGACUUGUGCAGUGCACACCUGACCUGUCCCAGAUGGACUGCAACAAUUGUUUGGAUACAGCAUUUGGGAUCAUUCCGGGAUGUUGUAAUGGGAAAAUAGGGGCACAAGUACACCUCGGCAGCAGUUGUAAAUUUAGAUAUGAGGAUUACCUUUUCUCUAAUUCUACGGCCGCUGAUGCUCCGCCACCAUCCAUACCGACACUACCACCAACAAGAUCUCCUCCUCCGCCACCGAAAAACGCCGGAACGAAGAGUAACACACCAGCGAGAACAAUCAUUAUUGUUACUGUGACUACUGUUGUGUUUCUGGGUCUAAUCAUCUUCGCAAACACAUGCGUGUGUUUAAGACUGAGGAGGGAAAAGAAAAUGGCUCAAAAUCCAAGGAAGCGUGCAAAUUUGGAUUGGGAUAGUCGUUACAAAAUAAUAAAAGGUGUGGUUCGAGGACUCCUUUACCUUCAUGAAGAUGCUCGUUUGAGAAUUAUCCAUCGAGAUCUCAAAGCUAGUAACAUUCUUUUAGAUGAUGAAAUGCAUCCUAAGAUAUCAGAUUUUGGAACCGCGAGACUUUUUGUUGUUGAUCGAACUCAAAAAAGUACCAGUCGAAUAGUUGGAACAUAUGGAUAUAUGGCUCCAGAAUAUGCUAUGUAUGGACAAUAUUCUGUCAAAUCCGAUGUAUUUAGUUUUGGUGUAUUACUUUUAGAAAUAAUAAGCGGACAGAAAACAAAUUGUUUCUAUCAAGGAGAAGAAACAGAAGACUUUCUAAGCUAUACAUGGAAACAUUGGAGGAAAAAAAAUGCUACAAAUAUAGUAGAUCCAUUGAUGAAAGUUGGGUCAGCAAGUGAAAUAAUGAGGUGUAUUCACAUAGGACUAUUGUGUGUACAGGAAAAUUUAGUUAACAGACCAAUCAUGAAUACUGUUGCUCUCAUGUUAAAUAGCAGCUCUGUUUCUCUCCCAUUACCGUCAAAACCAGCUUUCUUUAUGUAUAGCAACACGGGAUCAGAUAUGUCAUUACCAUCAGAUUUCAAUUCAAGAAUAAAUCAGCCUGAGAGUGCGUCUAUAAAUGAAGCAUCAAUCAGUGAACUUUUCCCUCGUUAGUGUGUUGUUGAAUAAAUAUAUAUAUAUAUAUAUAUUUAUAUAAUUAACUUAAAGUUACAACAUGCAUGGUCUUUGUUAUCAUUAUUCCUCUAAGUUUGUAUCAUUUUCUCGGUCUAGAACCACAAUUUCUGUCUCAUAUUUAUUGUUCAACCAAUAACAUUUUAACAGGCUAAUUAAACUAUUUAAUUGAUGUAAAUGUUUUUUUAAGGAGAAUAUUCAUUAAUGUAAAUGUUUACUCAUAAAAAGUGAUG